AUGGAGAAGCCAUCCGUGGAAAGACUGCCCGCCGGCACCCCGGUGGAAAAAGUUCUCGAGGUCUUGGACCGCGACGGCGGCGUUGUCAUCACAAACCUGAUCAGCCAGGAAACCCUCGCUAAGAUCGCAGAGGAGCUGAAACCACACGAACAGCCCGACCAAGAAUGGUCAGGAGCUUUCUUCCCGGAAGCGACCAAGAGGAUCUGCUCUGCCAUGUCCAAAUCGCAGACCUAUGCCAAAGAGAUCUUCCUGAACCCCUUGUACCAAGAGGUGUGCAACCGCACGCUCACGAUCACCAAGAAAUCCAGAUACGGGGAUGAGAUUCGGACGUUUGUGUGCAGACCGAUCGGCAACACCAGCACCACGUUCGACAUCGGUCCUGGCGCCGAAGCCCAGCAACUCCAUCGAGACGACGGAGUCAACCAUGUUGAGCAUCCCACUAAAGGGCCAACCUUGAUGAACAUGCUGGUGGCUCAAACGCGCACCACGCCGGAAAACGGGGCGACGGUGGUUGUUCCAGGAAGCCACAAAUGGGUAAGCUACUACGAUGACCGUUUUGCGAAGCCAGAGCAAGCAAUCCCCGUCUGCCUGGACCCGGGCGAUGCGUUGAUUUUCGAUGGCGCACUUAUUCAUGGAGGCGGUGCCAACGUGACCAAAUCCGAACGUCGCAAGGUCCUCGGCGCAUUCAUGGUCCAGGGAAACCUUCGCUCCGAGGAAAAUAUCUUCUUGCAUCUCCCGCCCGAGGUGGCCAAAGACUAUCCCAAUGAAGCCCUUGAGGUAUAUGGUUACAAAGCACUUGGUUCGGGGUUGGGAUGGGUCAAUUACAGGGAGCCACUUGACGCCGUCUUGGGUCGUGGAAAGCCAUCUCCUGGCAGCUUGGAUUUCAAUAACGUUGGAAUCACGGCUUAA